CUCAAAAUUAUGUGCCCUCCCGUUGUGGUGGUUGCCGCUGUUCCCACAAUGAUAAAAACCUCUAAAAAUACCGACCAAAUUUUCCUCCUCUCUAAAUUACUCUAGUAUAGUAUAAUAUCCUGACUUAGUACUUCGCUUUUUCUUCAAUCUCUGGUCUACAUUCCUUUCCUUUCCUUCCUUAACUGUCCUUUCCAUUGGAGUGCUCACAAACGUUUCUCUUUUAUCCGCCUUUGCAAAAAAAGAACACACAAUAUCAACUCGACAAAGCCCGGCCACAAUGCAACUGGGAUCCAUCUUUACUUUUACGGCCACCGUCUUUUACCUGGCGAUUCCAACUCUCGUACAGUCCAACCCCCAUUUUUGCGAAGUUUCAGUCUCUUACGAAAAUGCAAACAAACAAAAGAUUACAACGGCCACAAAGUAUGUAGUCCCUCCCGGCUCAGUCGAUAUUGCAGUCGGCUCGCAGAUGUACGCAGUCACGGUCGACGAGACAUGCAAAAGGACAGAUAGCAUCAGUAUACCAGGCCGUUUUAAGAUUGAUACGCAAGGCAAGAAAUUGGAGGGGAAUCCGACGGAAAACUACAUUCGUUCCGUGGUCUUGCAGUUACAUCACAGAGGUCUGCGAAUGGUAUCGAGACCCGCACCGUAGCGGACGUAGCAGUUGCAAAGGCGGA